ACGCCCAGCAAACUAGUGUGUUCUGCUAAAUCGUGCGUGUAUGUAGCUCCGAAACCGGUUGGGCUCAGUUCGCUUAAAUAAUAUAUUUUCGCAAAUAUAUUAAGUCUUUCAAAUCAGUCGUACCUGUAAGACAGAUAAGAAACCUUAGCUGAUGUGUUUUGUCAUGGUUAAAUCUAAAGCCAUUUAAGUUGGCUAAAACAGUAACGUGCUGUUUUCUAGCUAACGCUACGACUUGGUUCUGUAGUUGAGCAACGUAAUAGCUAAUUUGACUUUAGCCGUCUCCGCACAAUUUCAAAAACCGGGUCGACAAACCAUGGAUAAGGCUGAUUUUCUAAAAGGCUUGCCUGUCUACAACAAGAGCAACUUCAGCAGAUUCCACGCAGACUCUGUGUGCAAAGCCUCGAACAGAAGGCCAUCGGUUUAUCUUCCCACCCGCGAGUACCCUUCUGAGCAGAUCAUCGUCACGGAGAAGACCAAUAUUCUGCUGCGCUAUCUUCACCAGCAGUGGAACAAGAAGAACGCAGCGAAGAAGCGGGAACAGGAGCAGGGGGAGGGGGAGAGCCCGGCCCCCCCUCGCAAAGUGGCCCGGAGAGACAGCCAGGAGAUGACCGAGGACCCCUAAACCUGAUCCGUGUCUGCGCUACAUACAUGUACAUACCUGCACACGGAUGUGGAAUACUGGACUGGGUGUGGCCUGCCCUCAUGUUGGGAAAGACUUGGACACCCUCUUUAAUGUUAGAAAAGUACAUUUCCCAUAAUACACUUUGAAAAGAGCUUCCAGCUGAGCUCUCUUCAUCUGCAUUUCCCUUCAUGACCAGAGGGGGCAGUGUGCUCACUGUUAGCAGGGGAGAGGAACCUGUGGUCUAUGUUCAGUGUGUGCAUUAGAAGAUUCUGGAGCGCCUGUGCUGUGCUAUGCUAGCUUUAUCCAGUUAAUAUUUUAGUUAGACUGUGUUUCUUGGCUUAGCUUGAAUGUUUGUAGCAGUCUGUCAGAGUGGCUCAAACUGGGUAAAAGAAAGCAAGCUACCUUAUUGCCAGAUUUGCAAUGAAAUGGCCUGUGUUUUUUGCGUUCUUUGGAUUCCUUGCACUGGAGUGUGCAGUCUCUGGAUGUGAUUUUAUUUUUAGGGUGUGCUUCCUCUUGUCCCGAAGGGGUACUGCCCCAUAUUACUCAGUACUGCGCUGGGUUACUCGGUAGUACUUGGUAGCGCGCUGGGUCGCCAAUGGUGUCCUGGGUUACGUGAACUCCAUACAGUGUCUACCACAUGACCUUACUGGCGUGCAUGUGCGUGCGUGUGCAGGAGUGUGUGUGCAGGAGUGCGUGUGUGUGUGUGGUAUAGGACUGAAAUGGCCAAAGAGGGCGCUGUGUUGCUGCUUUAGUCGGGGGUUGGGGUGGUGGGCGAGGAGGAGGGGCAUGGCAGUUGUGUACUAGUGCACCAUGCCAGGGGGAGGAGUCAGUGGAACCUGUGCCAAUCAGAAGCCUUCAGUUACUCAUUGAUGCGGAGUCCCCCAGCCCAGUCAGAUGAGUCAUGGCCCCGCCUGCUCAGUAACAGCCCCGCCCAGUUUAUCAGACACACCCACUUUUGCCAUUUCAUCCUUUCUUUUAUUGCUUCUAGUGUUGAUAUUUGUUGUAUCAAAGCACAUUUUCACUGUUUCAGAAUGGCUUAAGGAAUAGCGAUUCAGUGUAAUAAAGGCACAGUCCCUUUUUUUCACCUUU